AUGGAGGAGAGUUCGCUACUGGGUCCCAGCGCCGUGGGCGUGCGGCACCUGGGUCUGUGGGCGGCGCCGGGGGACACGGGGCCCCCUGGGGGGUCGCUGCGGCUGGCGCUGGUGGUGGCCGCGCACCUCGGCCUCUUCUCCACCUCCACCGCCAACCUCGUCAUGGACACGCCGGACGACCUGGAGGUGCUCACCAUCAACGCCUUCGCCUGCAUGACCACACUCGGGAUGAUCGUCAAGGUGGUGUCGUACGUGGUGGACCGCGGCAGCUUCAACGCUCUGCUGGUGCGGCUGGCGGCCGCUCGCCGAGCACACGCCGACCCCGGCGGCCGCAACGCCGCCACGCGCGCCCGCAGGCUCGCCUUCGGCACCGCGCUCUACAGGUUCACACAGGUGUCGACGGUGUUCUGCACGAGUCUGUGGUCGGUGGCGCCGCUGCUGGGGGGCUCGUCGGGCUCGCGGGACUUCCCCGUGCCGAUCUGGUUGCCGCUGGACAUGCGCGCCACGCCCACCUACCAGGUCGUCUACCUCCUCCAGGUCUUCUGCAUCUGGGCCGUCGUCCAGGGGACCGUCUUCCUAGACACGACCUUCCAGAUCCUGAUGCUGCAGUUGGCUGCCGAACUGGAGGUCCUCAACGAUAACGUAGCUGCCAUCUACAACCGGGAAGUGGGCCCAUCCGCAGUAAAGCGAGCAGAGGACAUCAAAAUCGACGCGUCGCCGCAGAGGAAAAAGGACGAAGCCAGUGAUAGACACGGAUACAUUCAACUUCACACAGAUACAGCAGAGGAUGAGAUGUACAGUCAUCUCGUCAGCAAUAUAAAGCACCACCAAACAGUAAUAGGUUGUCUAAGCCAGUUGGAAACCGUGAUGAGUCACUCAACGCUGAUACUCCUGUCAUCCAAUAUGGUCUGCAUCUGCUUACACAUCUUCGUGACGGCAGUGCUGUUGCAGGAUGAAAUUCAGUUUGACAAGACUUUCAAGAUGAUGUGUGCGUUUGCAAUCUACACGUACCAGACUGGGCUCUUCUGCUUAAUUGGACAAACCAUAAUCGACCAGAGUGAACGGCUGGUGAAUUCGGCGUUCAGCUGCGCCUGGCCGGACGCCGAUGCCCGCUUCAAGCUGUCGCUGUCCGUGUUCAUGGUGAGGUCAGCUCGCCUGCUGGAGAUAAGGGUCGGCAAGAUGUACACUCUCUCCAGGGAGACCUUCUUGCAGAUUCUAAAUGGAUCCUACAGAUUAUUUAAUUUACUGUAUCAGACCAAUCUAGAAAAUUAGGAAAUUGUCCUCUGAACUGUGGAUAACUGUCUCAUAUUAUUUCAGAGACCAGCAAUGUAUGAAACAAAUAACAGAUUUAUUGAGUUUCACCAAGCUCUAACACAAAAUAGUCUAAAGCUUUGAUGUAGAUAAGUACAACCACAGCUUUUUGAGCCUAGUAGACAAAUCUUUGACAAAAUUAAAGAGCUUCAGUUUAGUUCUUUUAAUAAUCAG